AUGAUGUCGUCAGCGUCAGCAGUAUCGCCAGCAACAGUCGCUCGCUGCCCCUUCACUGGCCGACCCGCUGCCGUCGCAACCAUGGGCGAGUCGCUCUCACGCGAAGAUACCGAAGCGGACCGCCUGGUACCCAUCCCCGGCCCCCACCCGUUAGACAUUUUGGGAAACGUGCGCGAUCUGAGCGCCAUCGCGCUGCGCGGGAUCGAGGAGGCGACGCUCCUGUACGGGCGCAAGUACGGCCCGAUCUGCCGGUUCGCCAACGGCGUGAGCGCGUGGACGUUCGUGAACGACGCCGAUAUCAUCGCGCACAUCUGCAGCUCCAACUCGAAAAACUACUCGCGCAGAUUCCUGCCUGCGGUAUACGAGUACGUGACGCACGGCAAGGGCAUCCUGGGGUCCCAAGGGGAGUACAACCGCGCGCACCGCCGCAUGUGCCAGCCGCCCUUCAUGCGCCCCAACCUGCUCGACGCCUUCUCCGAUACCAUCCAGUCACAGUUGGAUAGGCUAAUCACAAUGUGGCGCCAUCAAGCCGCCACAGACGCCGGCUCACCCCUUCCCAACGUCGUCCUGGACGGCAAUCUAGCGGUCCAGAUCCAACGCUUCACGCUCGACAUCAUCGGAGCCGUCGCUUUCUCCAAGGACUUCGGGCAGCUGGACCGCAUCCGAGCCGACCCCGCUGGCUCGGCAACCGAAGCGGACGCCGGAGCUGACGAGCUGCUAGGCGCGGUGAACGAGUCGCAGCAGUUGAUGGCAAACGUGUUCAUCACGCCACUGCCGGUGCUGCAGCUGCUGCGGAGGCUCGGGGAACCGGGGAUGCUGCGGUUGGAUGCGGCAAUGAAGGCGAUGGAGAGGGUUAUGAUGGGCGUGAUUGAGGAGCGGCGAGAGAAGUGGCGCGCGACGGGGGAUGCGGGGGAUGAUCUGCUGGGAGUGCUGCUAGGCGCCACGGACGAGCAAGGCCGGCCGUUGCAGGACGAGGAGUUGUGGGAGGACGUGCACGACGUGAUGGGCGCGGGGCACGAGACCACCGCCACCACCACCACAGCGGCGCUCUUCCUCAUCUCGCAGCACCCUGACGCCAAGGCCAAGGUGCACGAGGAGCUGAGGGCUCUCAACGGCCGCAUGCCCUCGUACCAGGACGUCAACAGCGGGCGCCUGGCAUACACACAGAUGGCCGUCAAGGAGACCCUCCGCAUGUACCCGCCCAUCCCCCUCUUCCCACGUGAGGUGGCCCACACCGACGUCCUGCCCGGGGGCUACGAACUGCCUGGUGGCGAUGUCGUAUUCAUGUCUACCUAUGCCAUGGGACGCAAUCCUGUCUACUGGCCUGAGCCCCUCUCUUUCCGACCGGAGCGCUUCACUCCCGAGGCGGAGGCAGCGCGGCCUCGCUUUGCAUGGGUGCCGUUUGGGGCGGGCCCUCGCAUGUGCCUGGGCGCCAACUUUGCUGUGCUCGCCGUCACUCAAGUCGUCGCCACUCUGCUGCAGGUUCCAUUUGAGGCGGGCCCUCGCAUGUGCCUGGGCGCCAACUUUGCUGUGCUCGCCGUCACUCAAGUCGUCGCCACUCUGCUGCAGGUUCCAUUUGAGGCGGGCCCUCGCAUGUGCCUGGGCGCCAACUUUGCUGUGCUCGCCGUCACUCAAGUCGUCGCCACUCUGCUGCAGGUGCGUGUGAGGGGAGGGGACAGGGGGGAAGGGGGUGGGGAGGGGCGUCUGUAG